AUGUCUUUUGUUGAUGACAUGGACGAGUUCGUCGAUUGGGAUAAGGCCGGUGCUUGUGUGGACACAGAAGGAAUCUCUAAAUCCCUUACUGGCAUGGACAACAACCUGGAUGCAGACAACAUUGGCCUCGUCUGGGCUAAUGUGAAUGAGCAUGACUUCAGCUUCCAUGCCUUACAGCAUUUUUCACAAAGUCCCAAUCCUCUGGAAGACACUGCCGGUCUUGCUGACCUGCCCAUGGACGGCACCGCUGCUCUAGACUUUGCUGAGCACGUUACAAAUCCUUGUGCGCACUGUGCCUCGGGAGGCUUUGCCUGCAAAAAGAUCCAGGAGGGUUGUUACAAGGGCUACUGUACAAGCUGUGUUGCUCUUCGGGUUGAGUGCAGCUUUGGAGGAGCAAUGUGUGAUUCCGUUGACAUCGACCCUCCUGCCAGCGUUUUCCCGGCUGACCCAUGGCCCAUCGCGGGCAAUCACCCCAAUACCAUCACGAAUCAAGAACCAUUCCCCGAUGUGGCCCAGCCUGGCUCACUUCCCUCAUCAAUGUUGGACUUCUUCAACAACAGGUCGGCUACCCCAGCUGCUGAGAGCGGUAAUCCUGGCGCUUCCCGACCUGGACCACCCCCUAAGAUUGGUGCUCGGUUUUCCAGGGAAUCUGUGAGAAUCCUAAAAAAUUGGCUGUCGACUCACCACCGACACCCAUACCCAAGCGACGAGGAGAAGGAAGCGCUGCAACGUCAGACGGGUUUGAAUAAGACUCAGAUAACUAACUGGCUGGCCAAUGCCCGGCGACGAGGCAAAGUGCAGCCGCCUCGUUCAACCUCACCGCGUGUUGGAAACUGGGCGGCAUCUAUUGAAAUCCCUCAAAGACGUGGGACGCCGGCACUGGAAGCUAUGAAUCCUUUACAACGUUGGGAGCAUUCACCCCCUGAACACGAACCGGCGUCCGUCACCGCCAUUGCAAGGGCUGUCACGGCCUCCUCGUCAUCUGCCUUGUCGUCCGGUCUCAACAGCCCGUAUAGUUUCAAUUUCACCGAUGACGGCUCCAGCCGGUCACUUUGCAACCAGUCAUCGACCAGCAGCUUGGGCACAUCGCAUUCCAGCAAUGGAUCUAGAGGCUCUGCAUAUUCUCAUGGGUCACGCAACUCUUGGGGAUCCUUUGGUUCUGCCCCAUUCAGUGCCCGUGGACGCUGGAGACGACGCAGACGUGCAACCCCCAAGACAACCAAUGACGGUGCAAAUAGUUUGGCAGUUCCACUCAGGACUUUCCAAUGCACUUUCUGUACUGAAACAUUCAGAACAAAGCAUGACUGGCAAAGGCAUGAGAAGUCCCUGCACUUGUCUUUGGAGCGCUGGGUGUGCGCCCCGGAUGGCCCUCGUGUAGUCAACCCGGAAUCUGGCGUCCUUUCCUGCGUCUUUUGUGGGCUUGGGAAUCCAGAUGAUGCCCAUAUCGAAGCUCACAAUCACACAGCAUGCCAAGAAAGAACGCUUGAGGAACGAACGUUUUAUCGCAAAGAUCAUCUGAACCAACAUUUGCGGUUGGUACACAACGUCAAGUUUAUGGACUGGAUAAUGAAGCAGUGGAAGGUGGCAACGCCCGAGAUUCGGUCUCGGUGCGGUUUCUGCGGCAUCGUGAUGGAUACAUGGACCAUCCGAGUUGACCACUUGGCAGAACACUUCAAAACUGGCUACUCCAUGGCCGACUGGAAGGGUGACUGGGGCUUCGACGUGCCUGUUCUCGACAUGGUUGAGAACUCUAUUCCCCCGUAUCUGAUUCAUUAUGAGCGCGUAUCUCCCCUGCCAUACGUAGCUUCUAGCUCUCCGCCAGAAUCGCCGCGCAACGCCUACGAGCUGAUCAAACUGGAACUGGCCUACUUUGGCGCCAAUCACUGGGAGCAUCAUCACGGCGCACCGACCGACGAUUACAUGCGGCUGGAAGGAUGUCGUAUCAUUUUCGCGUCGGAAUUGUUGUCCCUGCAAGGUAUUGCGACACAGAGCUCGUGGCUUCGCGAUCUCAUCAUGUCCAACGAGAACAUCUCUCAGAAGGCAAGGUUUGGUCCUUUACGUGGUGCCGCCGAAAGCAGGCUUGCUUCGUUGAAAAUUAAUGGCAAGGACAAUUUAUUCGAAGAAUGCCCCAUGGAAAGACAGCUGCAUUCCUUCGUGACUGCGAAGCGGCUGUUGGGGCUAACAGCUAUGGACAACGAGCUUCAGGAAGAAGCAUGUAAGAUUGUUGGUAGAGUGGAAGAAGUGUCCACCCACCCGUCUGAGACGAUUGCCAACUGGCUCCUACGCUUGAUUACUUCGUCUACCGAAUGGCUGGAACCCUUUAGGCGUCGGGCCAACUUGCCGCGAAGCGAAGACGUCCAGCACGCGACGGUCCGGUCCAAAGACCCAACCUCUAUCGACUCGACGAUUCACAGCUACUCCCGCUUGGAACGUGAGUUGGCAGACUACCUCAAGCAGCAACGGUCCAUUAGGCAUGAGCCAACGGACGAGGACCUGCAACGACAGGCUCGUGUCAUUAUUUACGAGUUCGACGACGGAUGGAAUCAAACUGCCGCCGACAACAUUCAGUGGUUGGAAUCGUUCAGAGAUCGACACCCUGAAGGGGGCUCGCCCGAGCAUGCGCCUACCAUGACGAUGGACUCUGCCCCUGCCAGAACUGCCACCGCUAGUGACGGACCUGCGUCGUGUCACAAAUCACCCGAAUCCGUUGAGGCGCCCCGAAAUAACUCGGUACACAAUGACUUUCAACAGCUGCUUUCGAUUGAUGGUCACUCUAGGUCAACUCUCCUGUUCUUGAACGAUGCCAAUUGCUACCGGCGUCUAGCCAAGGAGUUGAGGCGUUGGGUCAAAUCGACCAUGUCUGCCAACAAUCCGAAUCGGCAUACCCCGACCGAUGACGAGUUGCAAUAUCAAGCACGAUGGAUUCUAUACGAUGACGACGAUCCUUGGAACCAAACAGCCGCCGACAAUGCUGAAUGGCUUCAGCGAUUCAAACGUGAUGUUGGCAUUGCCAAGGACCCGGGCCCAGGCCUACCCAAAGGCUACUCGUGGUCACUAUCCCAAGGCGGAUCGGGGUUUGCGCCGCCAUAUGCUUAUCCCAAGGGCAGCCUUGAACCGUUCCUCGAGGACGUCCAAGUCAACAUGCGUGAUGGCGCCAAGCCGUUCAAGGCUGGACAUGACGCUGCAAACCAUUUUUUAGAGACGUUGCGAUCAGACAGCAGCCGCCCGGCAAAUGUUUUUUGUUCCCGCGAGCUGGAAGCUGGCCUGGUGCAGUUUGUAAAGCAGCGCGUCACCGAUACUGGGCGCCUGCCCACAGAUGUAGCCAUGCAGACCCGCGCAAGGGACAUUGUCAACUCAACAGAAACAGCGGCCGAUGACCCUGUCCUGCUUGAGAAGUUCAAAGCUUGGGUGAAGAGUCAGCUGCCAGAUGCUCUGCCUGCCGACGAUGACGUGGACGUGGCGGGCCAGCAGCCAUCCUUGCUGCCAGCAAAUAUGGAUCUGCAUAUUCCUGAUGCAGAGCUAGGCGAGAUACUAAACGUUAUGGACUUUGAUUUUGAUGUCGGUACACUGGAGGCGGCUCUGAAAGAACAAGACACAGAGUCGGGAGGGGUGAGCGUCUUGCAAGCACCAUCUGUCUAUGAAUAA